AUGGCCGCGGCAGCUUCCUACGGUGUUGGCCGACAUGACCGCUUCGUCACCCCGGCCAACAAAACCCAAGCCCUGCGCUUCGUCUUCACAUACGAAGUGACCGGUGUAUGGGCGGGGGCACUACUACGAGUUUCCGUCGCACUAAUCCUUAUAUCGCUUCACCGGGCUAAGAUAUGGCAUGCUAUUUUGUGGUGUGCAGUAUUUGUUCAGCUCGCAGCAGCCCUCGGUACGACCGUAUGCCUCUUUAUCCAGUGCAGACCCUUACGUGCCAUGUGGGAUGUCGUCCCCGACGCUAGAUGCUGGGCUCCGCCUCGACUGCAUAUAUAUGGGUUUGUGUAUACUGGUAUCGGUAUCCUCACCGACGUCUUAUUCGUUAUCAUGCCAUUGCCCUUGGUCUGGAGACUUCGCAGACCCAUACGAGAAAGGCUCAUAAUCGCCUUCCUGUUGUCUCUAGUACUCUGUGCCACGGCUGCUGCCAGUGUAAAGCUAUACUAUGUCCGGGUCAUUGUGCUCGAAGGAGAGCAGCUACGGUCACUAGUGGUGCCAACGUUAUGGAGCAGAAUCGAAGAGAUUGCACUUAACCUUUCGCGAUUGUCCUGUUUGAUCCUCUUGAAUGGUGGUUUGCAGAGCGUGCCUCUCUCCGUGUUGAUCGCGGUCCUUGUGCGGACCCGUUGGUCGUCGGCCCAUGUGUCGACGAAUGAUGCUCGUCUGUUGCAGGUGAUCGUCAGGUAA